AUGGAAAAGAGGAACAACGUCACAGAAUUUGUUCUCUUAGGACUGUCCAGUGACAGAAAUUUGCAGAUAUUUUGCUUUGGGCUGUUCCUCUCCUGUUACAUUACAAUCCUCUUAGGGAAUUUCCUCAUCCUCAUCACCGUCAGAUGCAGUUCCCUCAUCAAGCAGCCCAUGUACUUCUUCCUCUGUCACUUGUCCCUCAUGGACCUCUGCUACACUUCUACUGUGACUCCCAAACAGGUCCAAGAUUUGCUGUCUGAGAAGAAAACCAUUUCCUUCCGUGACUGCAUGAUUCAGCUCUUUACCAUGCACUUAUUUGGUGGGACUGAGAUCUUCAUCCUUGUGGGGAUGGCCUACGAUCGCUAUGUUGCCAUUUGUAAACCUUUGCACUAUAUGGUCAUCAUGAACAAGCAGCGGUGUGCCACAAUGGUAGUAUUGUGUUGGGGAGGAGCAUUUCUCCAUUCCACGGUCCAGUGGCUCCUUGUCAUUAUUUUGCCCUUCUGUGGCCCUAAUAAGAUUGAUCACUAUUUGUGUGAUAUUUACCCUCUCCUGGAACUGGCUUGCUCAGAUACUUAUGUGACGGGAUAUUUAGUCCUCGCUAAUACGGGGACAAUUGUGGUAGUUACUUUUGCAGUCUUGGUCUUCUCUUAUGUCACCAUAUUAGCCAGUUUGAGGACCCGCUCUUUGGAGGGACGUCGCAAAGCCCUCUCCACCUGCGCUUCCCACAUCACCGUGGUGGCAUUGUUUUUCUUGCCCUGCAUCUUCAUUUACCUCCGGCCAGCCCAGACCUUCCCUGAGGAUAAGGUGUUUGCUCUGUUUUACACCAUCAUCGCUCCCAUUUUCAACCCCCUCAUCUAUACUCUGAGGAACAGAGAGAUGAAAACAGCCAUGAGAAAGGUGUGGUGUUGGAAGGUGUGUUUGGAGGAAAAAGUAGGCAGACAAAGGUGGGUGAGGUUGCAUGUCUCAGACAGCCCCGAGGAAAUAAAUUUGACUCUCGGGAAACCAGAGAUUACUCGAGAUUCAGAAACCUCAGUGUUUUGGAAACUGCCUCCAUCCAAUGUGAAGUUUGGGCUUCCACUGAGAUUUGAGUUCUGUCCUGAUGCAGCUCUGAAAAACCUUUUGCUUCCCAUGACUGGACAUAAAGAUCCGAGCUCACAGAAACGUUUCACUGUGGGAAGACUAACAAAGGGUCAUUUCAGGUAA